UGCCCCUCACUCCCGACCCUCAGCCCCCUGCUAGCCCAGCCCUGCCCCCCCAGCCCUGCCGGUUCCCCUCAGUCCCGACCACAGCCCCUGCUAGCCCAGCCCUGCCCCCCCAGCUCUGCUGGUGCCCUCAGCCCCUCCUGUGAUAUGGGGCAGGAAGUCAAGUUGUGAUCAGCUGUUCACUGCUGUGGUUUGGCCACUGGCUCACUCUGCAGGGACUGAGUGGAAACGUCCUCAGUCCGUUUCUCUCCCUGGAGCCCACCGGGGUCACAGCUGCCAGAGGUCCCCCCCAGAGGCUCCGGGCCCCUGAGACAUGGCGGAGGAUGCAGAUGGCCACAGGGCCCCCCUGCUGCCAGGCACGGAGGAGUCCCCUGGGCACCCUGCGCUGAACUUCCUGGGGAAGGCAGCGGCCUCGGUGCUGCCAAUCGCCAGCCUUGUCGUCGGAGCCUUGUACCUGGGCCAGUGCCCGCACCAGCCCCUGCUGCCCUGCUACCUGCUGGUGGGGGGCAGCGCCGCCCUGCUCUUCCUGCUGCUGACCUGCCUGCCCUGCGGGGACGGGACGGACCCGCCCCAGCUGAGCCCCGGCACCCGCGGCUGGAGGGCGGCUUUCCUGCUCUUCCUCUUCGCGUGGUUCAUCGCCGGUAACGUCUGGGUCUACUCCAUCUACCCCCCGGAGUACAAGGACCCCAAGAAUCCGGAUUUCUGCUCCCGCCCCCUCUACCUCUUCGCCUUCUGGGUCACCACGCUGGUGUACGUGGGGCUGGGGGUCGCGUUGCUGGCUGCCCUCGGCAUCCUGGGCUGCCUGGUGCUGCUGCGGGCACGGCUGCCCUGGCUCCAGCGGGGAGACGCGUAUCCCUAGCCGGGGGGGAGACAAGGGGGUAAAUAAAGGCCUGAAACACA